AUGGGCUUUGCUCAAUGCUCAGAUCCGCUAUGGAACAUUGAUGACUUCAGCGGCUGCUUUCGCAGAGAUUACCUUGCUGUCCUCUUCCCGUUAAUAGUAAUUGCUAUUUCUCUCUUGCGCCUCGCUUGGUCCAACAUCGAUCGUAUCCGCAGUGCCAAAUCCAAGGGUUAUAGCUCCAUCUCUGCCCACGAUGCCGUACCCGACCACACAGCCAUCCCCCCCGACGCAGAAUCCGAAGACAGCAGCGAUGACGACGAUCUCGAGAUUAACGGCGGCCGCUUGGCUCUCGCCAAGGUAACUUCAAGGGGCUCUAUAGUCCAAGCCGACACCCCCACCGCUCAGCGCUUCUCACAAUUCGUCGAAGAGCUUGCUCUCAUUGGCCUGGUUGCGAUCAAUGCAUAUGCUCUCGUCACCGGUGCUUUUGGCCCCGACACCCACCUGGUUGCCGCUGCUGGUCUUACCACUUGGAUAUAUACUUUGAUUCUCGCAACACUGCGAGUUGCGCUGGGUACCUCCAAAUGGCGAAUCCCCUAUAUAUGGAACCACACCGCCACCAUUUACGGCUGCAAAUGGCUCUUCUCCAUCUUCAUCUUCCGCUCGGCCAUUCUCUACCCUUACUCCCGGCUCUCUCAGAUUCUCGUCGUCGUUGACUUUGCCCUCAACUCUUUGCUAUUCGGCAUUGCUGUCUCCACGCGAAAGGGCAACAAGACUGUCAAGUUGGAGUGGGAGGAUGGCAUCGAGCCCUCGCGCGAACCUCUGGCCAGUCUCUUUUCUAUUGCCACCUUUUCGUGGGUCGAUGCUAUUGUCUGGCAAGGUUGGAAGAAGCCCAUGGAGCUGGAAGAUGUUUGGAAUCUCCUCCCCAAGGACAAGUCCACGGCCAUUAUCGCCGAUUACAGGCUGAUGAAGAAGACCACUGCCCUUUCGUGGCACUUGCUCAAGUAUUUCCGCAGUCUGCUGUUCAUGCAAUGUGCAAUGGCAGCCGUCGCCGGUCUUUUCACUUUUGCCCCCACCCUGCUGCUCAAAGCUAUCCUCCAGUAUGUGGAACGUCCCGACGAGGCGCCUGUCAACGUUCUCUGGCUCCUCGUAAUUGGCCUCCCAAUUCUUGAUACGAUCCGCUCGUACUGCGAUGGAAUGGCCCUUUGGAUUGGCCGCAAGAUCUGUAUUCGCGUCCGUGCUAUUAUUGUGGGUGACAUUUACGCAAAGGCGCUGCGCCGAAAAGCUGCCGCCGGCAAAGACAAGGUUCUGCUCGGUGACAAUGCUAAAGCCGACAAGGAUAACGACGACGAGGGAAGCAAAGGCGUCGUCAGUAAAGUCAAGCGCGCUCUUGGUUUUGGUGGCAAGAAGCAGAAGAACGCUUCCAGCUCAGACGACACCGAAGCCGCCAAUACCUCCGAUUCCGUCAAGGCCAUCGCAGAGAAGGGAGGAGAUGAUGAACAGGCCAACCUGGGAACCAUUAUCAACCUCAUGUCGGUUGACAGCUUCAAGAUUGCCGAAAUCACCGCCUACCUGCAUUUCUUGUGCGCUUCAGCCCCCACCCAGCUGAUCGUAUCCGUUUAUUUGCUUUGGCAGGUUAUGGGUCUCAGCGCCAUUCCCGGUCUCAUUGUCAUGUUCAUCCUCCUGCCCGUAAACUACAUGCUCGCUCGUGGUUUCAACAUCACUUCCAAGAACAUUAUGGCUGCUACCGACAAGCGCAUAAAUGUGACCAACGAGAUUCUUCAAAACAUCCGCAUCAUUAAAUACUUUGCCUGGGAGCGUCGAUUCGGCAAGAUUGUGGAUGAGAAGCGUGAAGCCGAGCUCAAGGCUCUUCGCUCUCGAUUCCUUCUAUGGGCUUGCGCGGUUGCCAUCUGGAACUCGGUUCCCAUUCUGAUCACCUUCUUCUCUUUCCUGGUGUACACCCUGAUUGAGAAGAAGCCCCUGUAUCCCUCUGUUGCCUUCACAGCCAUUUCUCUUUUCAUGCUUCUUCGAGUUCCCCUUGAUCUCCUCGGCGACAUGUUCGCUCACGUCCAGGAAGCAAAGGUCUCCAUCGAUCGAGUUGAGGAGUACCUUUUGGAAGAGGAGACCGAAAAGUAUGAACAACUUGGAUUGGACAAUGUGGACGAAGAUGGCAAGAAACGCAUUGGCUUCAGGGAUGCUACUUUGAUCUGGGGUGCCAAAAACAGUGUGGCCGAAGAUGGUUCCAGGGCAUUCCGACUGCUUGACCUAGACAUUGACUUUCAGAUCGGCAAGCUCAACAUCAUCGCCGGCCCAACUGGAUCUGGCAAGACUUCUAUGCUCAUGGGUCUUCUUGGUGAGAUGACACUUGUAGAAGGCAGGGUAUUCUGCCCUGGCGGUCGCAGCCGAGAGGACGUCCGCCCCAACCCCGAGACUGGUCUUGCCGAUACAAUCGCUUAUGUCGCCCAGGCAGCCUGGUUGGUCAACGCUAAUAUCAAGGAUAACAUCAUUUUUGCCGCGCCGUAUGAUGAGCAAAGAUACAAGGACGUCAUUGUCGCUUGUGCUCUCGAGCGUGAUCUCGAAAUUCUCGAUCAUGGAGACCAAACGUUGGUUGGUGAGAAAGGUAUCACUCUAUCCGGUGGUCAGAAGCAGCGAAUCUCCUUGGCUCGUGCUCUAUAUUCAAACUCGGCGCAUAUCCUCUUGGACGACUGUCUUAGUGCUGUGGAUUCGCACACGGCUCAAUGGAUCUUUACCAACUGCAUCAAUGGCCCAUUGAUGAAGGGCCGCACCUGCGUUCUUGUUACCCACAACAUACAGCUUUGUGUUCCGUCAUCCGACUUCGUCGUCUUACUAGAGAACGGAAGGGUUGUAGCCCAAGGGCCUUCACAAGAGGUCAUCGCCUCCGGCAAGCUCGGCGAGGAAAUUCAGCGCUCUCGACCUGCUUCUCAUACUGCAUCUCGUAUCCCAUCUCGUGUACCAUCAAGCGUCGGCGAUGAGGAGACGAUGGUUAACAGUAACGGUGACGCCGCAGGCUCCACAGACGACUCCAAGAAGGAUAAAAAGGAACCGCCCAAGGGUCCUCCUGAAGAGACAAAGGCGACUGGAUCUGUCAAAUGGUCUGUUUUGCGCAUUUAUCUCUCUUCUAUGGGACCUUGGUGGUUCUGGCUUGUUGCUUUUAUGGUCUUUGGCAUGCAACAGCUCUCGACCGUUGCAACGAACAUCUGGGUUAGGGAGUGGGCUAACCAGUACAUCGAGGAGGAGAAUAUCAACAUUUCGCUAAGCUCCAUGCCACAUGCCUACGGUGCUGGAACUCUAUCUAAAGGCUCCUGGGCUUCUAUUGCCAGCUUGAGUGGCAUGCGUUCCUCGACAGAACCAGGUUUGCGCGUACUGGAUGAUCAGAUCACUCUUGGCCCGACUGCAGUACCACAAGUCAAUGUCCCAUAUUACCUCACUGGACUUGCCCUCAUUGGCGUGUUCGGUGCCCUGACCGCUCUGAUCCGAGACGUAUGGAUCUUUGUCGGUUCCUUGACUGCAUCCAGGCGAAUUCACGAUCGUCUCAUUCAAUCUGUGACCCGAGCCAAAUUCAAGUUCUUCGACGUAACCCCUCUGGGCCAGCUGAUGAACCGCUUUAGUAAGGAUCUCGAGGCUGUGGAUCAAGAGAUUGCACCCACAGCGAUUGGUGUAAUGGUCUGCGCUCUCUCUCUCGUCGUGACCAUUGUGUUGAUUUCAUUCAUCACUCCUGGCUUCCUCAUUGCCGCCUUCUUCAUUGCUAUCCUAUUCUAUGUUGUCGCCGCCUUCUACCUACGCGCAUCUCGCGAUCUUAAGCGUCUAGAGUCUGUCCAGCGUAGCCCGCUCUUCCAGCAGUUUGGCGAGACUCUUAGCGGUAUGACAACUAUCAGAGCUUACGGCGAUGAACGACGUUUCAUCCGCGACAACUUGGCCAAAAUCAACACUCAGAGCCGACCGUUCAUCUAUCUGUGGGCUUGCAACAGAUGGCUCGCAUUCCGAGCCGAUUUGCUCGGCAACUUCGUUUCCUUCUUCGCAGGCGUCUUCAUUAUUGUCAACCUGGGCAAGAUUGAUGCCGGUGCGGCUGGUAUCUCAUUGAGCUAUGCGAUGAACUUUACCGAAAACGUUUUGUGGCUUGUCCGUCAGUAUGGCAUGAACGAGCAAAACAUGAACUCUAUGGAACGUGUCAAGGAAUACCUAGAUGUUGAACAGGAAGCGGAACCGAUUAUCGAAGAUAACCGGCCGCCAAAGAACUGGCCUGCGGAGGGUGGUGUCGAGUUUGUCAACUACUCUACUCGAUAUCGCGCCGACUUGGAUCCGGUUCUCAGAGGCAUCUCGCUUAAGAUUAGCCCUAAGGAAAAGGUUGGCAUCGUGGGCCGAACUGGCGCAGGCAAGAGUUCGUUGACGCUGGCCAUUUUCCGUGCCCUUGAAGCUGACUCGGGAUCCAUUACGAUCGAUGGCAUCGAUAUCAGCAAGAUUGGACUCCAGGAUCUCCGAGAGAACAUUACCAUUGUGCCUCAAGACCCCACACUCUUCAUGGGUACCAUUCGAACAAAUCUUGAUCCCUUUGAUCAGUAUACGGAUGAAGAGGUGUUUGAGGCUUUGAGACGUGUUCAGUUAAUUGGCCAUGACGAGACGACCACCCCUGCAACCCCUACUGUUCAGGGCUCCGCUGAAGGAGAGAGCGCAGGGGGCUCAUCUGGUACCCGGACGCCGUCAAUUGCGACUAACAAGAACAUCUUCCUUGACUUGCAUUCCCCCGUUUCCGAGUCCGGCUCCAACCUCUCUCAAGGUCAACGACAGCUUCUGUGUCUGGCACGAGCCAUGCUGAAGAAGCCGACUGUCAUGGUCAUGGAUGAGGCUACAGCAUCUAUCGAUUACAACACGGACUCGAAGAUUCAAGAAACCAUCCGGGAACUUACUGGAACUGUGAUUACAAUUGCACAUCGUCUCCAGACUAUCGUGGAUUAUGAUAAAGUAUUGGUGUUAGAUAAGGGUGAAGUGGUUGAAUUUGAUCACCCGUGGGAGCUGAUUAACAAAAAAGACGGAACAUUUAGGAGUAUGUGUGAGACCAGUGGCGAUAUGGAUAUAUUAGUAAAAGCCGCAAAGAAGAAGUGGGACGAGGGUCACAACUGA